CGUUAAUUAGUGUAACCGACCAUUUUGUUACCUCCAUUUUAAGAAGAGUAAUUUUUAUCUACUUGUAAAAAUGGUUUACGUCAAUUUUCCACAAAAUUUAACCGAAGAAGAGCUCAUUUUGAAGCAAAAAUAUGCUACUUUGAAAAAGAAGAAAAAGGCAUUACAAGCAAUAAGAACAGCAAAACCAGAGCGGGUACAAGCUGAGGCGGCUCCUGCUAAAAGACCUGCAGCUGAGUCUGCAGAAGAUGCCAAGGAACAAGCCAAGAAACUACUCAAGUCAGGGUCGAUCAAAAUCAAAGUAGACAAUGAGAAACAAAGUUUUAAACGAUCCAAGAACCAAGAGAGAAAAUUAAAGGAUCCUGAGAAGACCCCAACAGCUGUAGGAUUUCAACCUUUUUCAGCAGCUCAAGCCGAGGAAGAAGACAAAGAUGGAAAUAAAACUUCUCAGAGACCAAGGAUGAGGGGCCUGUAUGACAGUUUUGUCAGCGGAGGUUAUGAUCGUGAAAGAGAAGAAAGAAGGGAAGAGAGAGCUCAGCAGGAGCGACGGGAUCGAGACUACGACCUGCCUAAGAAAGGAAACACGAUUUAUGUUAAUGGAUUAGGGAUCACUGAGGAGAUCCUCAGGAAGGCUUUCUCUAAUAUAGGCACCAUACUCAACAUCAAUAUGGAGCGGGAUAAACAUGUUGGUUUUGUUUCUUUUGAGAGAAUGGAGUCGGCAGAUACAGCCAUUGCUGAGGUGAAUGGGGCAAUGGUUGAAGGAAUUCAGUUAAAAGUGACCAUGGCACGUAGACAGCCAUCUUUUGAUCAGAACAAUGACCAGUCUACCAAAUCCUGGUCCUCCAUAGCUGCCAGUAAUUCUCAGAAGAGCUCCUACAAAGACAAGAGGGAGAUUGUGAGCUAUGAUGCGGAGGAUAUCUUUUGAUUGUCAGCCCUGUUGUAGUGUUGUACAAGACUAGACCACUCAGUGCAGCCACUAUGUCCAUUAUAGUUAAAGUCCAGUGUUAACAAGAGGUCAACAUCGCAUCGUCAAUACAUUGACAUACAGUGCGCAGUGUUAAGUGAGGACUAAAUGAGAGUUCACAGAAAAACAACACAUAAUUCUUGUGGAGUUUAUUCUACCUUUACUGCAAGAAAAUUUGAAAAAAGUUUGCAAAGACAGUAACAUCAAAAGAAUGAGCUGAACAUGCGAAGCCUAACUCAGUCCCGUACCUAGCAAAUCUGUCUCUGUGACAAAAGCUAUUCAUGUACAAAAGUUGAAUUUAUAUUUUCAAAAAUGUACAUUGUAAAGCAAAGCUAAAAAUGUAACAGAAAUAGGGUGAAAAAUGAAAUUAAUGUUCUUCCCACUAGUUAAUUUCGAAAUUUUUGUUACUGUAUCCUAAUUAAUCAUUAUUAAGUUAUAAAGUUUGAAAUUACAUGUUGCAUUUGUUAGAUUGAUUUAGCAAUACAAGUGAGUGAUAUCUACAAAUAAGUUUCACUCAGUAUAUGAAUUUACAUCAAAAUCUUGGUUUUUUUUUUAAACUGUCAGGUACAGAGCCAAACUUGUACACAAAAGGUCAAGCUGAAUCUAUCAAUUGAUAUUCUAAAAGCCAUUGAUCUUUCAAACCAUGUAAUGGUCUUUUUUUGCAAAUCUUUGAAUAUAAUUUUUUCUAAAUAAACAUUUUUUAUAUUUUUUCAUCAAAAUCCUACAUCCAUGAAUCUUCAGAAACAAGUUUGGACUUGUCCUCUUCUGAGUGUGAUACAGAUAAUAGAUGCACAAUACAUGUGUACAAAUCUCAGAUCUACAGAUAAGUAAGAAUAGUACAAUAAAUAGCGAGAUACUAUACUAUGUAUAAUGUGAAUACAUGUAUUUAUCUUUCACAACACAUAGGAAUAUAUUUGUAUAAUGGAA